AUGCCUGACAUUCUGGUCGAUUAUCCGGAAUAUAGGGCCACCGCCAAGCUCGAUGUGUUGCGUUUGACAGAAUACAACUACCUCGAUCAGCAGAAGCACAUCUACCUCGACUACACGGGCGCCGGCCUCGCCGCUCGCCACCAGUUUGCGGCCCACAAGGCCCGGCUAGAGAGCGCCACCUUUGGCAAUCCGCAUUCCGAGAAUCCUACGAGCCAGUGCGCCACCGGUCUGGUCGAGCUGGCCCGCAAGAGGGUCUUGGCCCAUCUCAACGCCUCUCCAGAGGUCUACCAGGUCAUCUUCACGCCCAACGCCACCGGCGCAGCAAAGCUGGUUGGCGAGUCAUACCCUUUCAGCAAACGCUCACGCCUGGUCCUCACCUCGGACAACCACAACUCCCUAAACGGCAUACGCCAGUAUGCUCGCCGAGCCGCAUCUCGCACCGACUACAUCCCCCUGAACCCCAAGGACCUGCGCAUCAGCACCAGAGACGUUGCCAAGUCGCUCAGCCGGACGAGGCCAUGGUCCCUGGGGGGGUCGGGCGCGAGGGGGAAACGAGGCCUGUUUGUAUAUCCUGCCCAGAGCAACUUUAGCGGAGUGCGACACCCACUGAGCUGGAUAAAACUGGCCCAGGACCACGGGUACGACGUCUUGCUCGACGCGGCCGCCUUCCUGCCGACCAGCAAGCUCGACUUGUCGGUGGUGAAGCCCGACUUCGUCAUGGCCAGUUGGUACAAGGUGUUUGGAUUUCCGACCGGUGUAGGUUGUCUAGUCGCACGCCAUGACGCCCUGGCCCGCCUGGAAAGACCGUACUUUGCCGGUGGCACAGUGCGAGCCGUGUCGGUGGCAGUCCAGUUCCACGCCCUGGUGGACAACGAGGGGAGGUUCGAAGAUGGCACCGUCAACUACCUCUCGAUUCCAGACGUGCACGUCGGGCUGGACUGGAUAUCCGACGUGGGCAUGGAGCUCAUCUCGACAAGAGUGCGGUGCUUGACAGGCUGGCUCAUCCAUCGGCUUCUGAUGCUUCGGCAUGGCAACGGCAGGCCCAUGGCACGGAUUUACGGGCCCACGACUACCGAGGACCGCGGCGGCACCGUUGCCUUCAACCUGCUCGAUUCGCAGGGCAACAUGGUUGACGAGCGACUGGUUGCUCUCGAAUCCAGCGCGGCGCGAAUCUCGUUGCGUACCGGUUGCUUCUGCAACCCCGGCGCGGGCGAAACCAUCUUUGGCCUUUCCCGGCAAUCGCUCCGGCAGUUCGCCGCGGACCGGGACGCCACUUUUGACGACUUUCUGCAAAGGGCCAAGAUGCCUACUGGGGGAGCCAUACGAGUCUCGUUUGGGGUUGCGUCCACCACUGGAGACGUGGACUACUUUAUUGGGUUUGUUGUCAGGACGUAUCGCAACAGGAUAUGCACAACGGAAGGACUGAAACCUCGUCACAGUUGUUAG